CAUAACAAGCAGGCACCCCCCUGUGUUGGAGCAUUUUGUGUUUCCAAGAUUGAUUGGAAUGCUGUUGGACGACGUUACUGCGAUGUUUGUGAGCUAGCAAGCAUUUGUGGAGGAAAAACAAAAGGAAAGGAAAAUCAAUGCUUCUAUGUGCUUAUAAAACUGCAUGCAUGCAAAUCUUUUCGGUUCUUUUUUUUUUUUGUUUUUUUUUGUUUCCUUAUUUUCCUUUCUGUGGAAGAAUCCCAAACAUAGAAUAACCGUUGCAUUAAUUUGGGAUUUAGCUUUAAGAUUUUAUAUGCAGAGCUUCACCUUUAUGGGUGCGAGAGUAAUUUGGCAAUAACAUGUCAUGUCUCCAAAUUAAGCUCGAGAAAUUUGGUAGAUAUUUUUCUUUUUCUUUGCUUUACUCUGUUGGGUUUUCCAUUUAGAGAAAGUAGACAUUUUUCCGAGUUUGGUUGAGUCCAUGUCUAGGCUCCUCAAAGUAUACAAGUUUGAACGUGCAGUUCUUGCUACUUGAUUCGUGUUUUCUAUAUGCUUGCAAACUAGCUAGAUUCAUGUCAAAUGAUUAAAACCAGAAACCAUAAUUAUGUCUUUGCAAGUCAACCAUAGUUUCCAACUGGCUUGGUCAUUUCCAUGUUUUAUGAUAUGACUUCUAGCUGAUUUUGACCAAUUUGUGUGGGUAAUAAUGGUCAAGGUCCAGCUGCAUGAUUGGCGGUGAUUUGUUUGGUAAAAUUGUUCUGCUUUCUGCAUUAGUUAGUAUGAAUUACCAGUUUGCUAGAGAAUGUUCUGUGCCAAUUUUCUUCGAAAACAACGUUAAGAUUAGUGGAUGUUCAGAGUCCAGUACGAUGAAAACUCUCUUCAUUUGUCUGGCGGCAGAGAACAAAUAACAGCGAGCAACUGAAUGAUUGAAAAUCAUAGAACCCAAAAUAACCAAUUAUAAUAUGAUUUCCAUGCUGCACAUCAAUAAUUUGUGUGUGAGAGAGAGAGAGAGAGAGAGAGCGUAAAUGACUCGGCCAAGUAGCUAGAAUUUAAAAAGGAGACUGUUAAGCCAACAAAUUUAAUUUGAUGAAGCCUAUGGAUGAUCCCCCUCAAAACAUGGCUUCAAAGUGUAGUUCCAGAAUGUAAUCGAGUGGUUUGUACACCUUUUAGUGAAUUUAAAAGGGCCGUCAGCCGUGAUGUUUUUAUUAAUCGUAGGAGUUCUUAUGCCAUUUUGCUUGGCCAUUAGCAUAAUCAUAUAUCUAGCAGCCUACAAAUCCUGCCGAUUUCCCCAAUGCUUGCAGCAGUAUUCUGUAUUAUUAACAUCUAGUUUGAUGCUGACUGCUUCCUAUGAUAUAAAUCAAAUACGAUGCCCAGCAUUUCCCUAUAAAAAUGGGCUUCUCCUUGUACAAACAAUUUUUUCCCUUCAAGUGUAUUCGAUCAAACCAAUGACAGUCGUGGAAGGGUAUAGAUGAAAUGUAGAAAAUUAUCUCCAUUCAGUUGAUAAUAUGUUCCUGGGACUGCUGAACAACGACGUUUGAUGUUUUCUUCAAGAUUUUAAAAUUCAGUUUGGCAGCAUAACUUAUUUUGGAUUAUAUGGUGGUGGUUGAGUGCAUCCAAAUUCGGUUCCGUUAAAUGAAAAUUUAGCCUGUAAAUUUUGGCUCAAGUCAGUGUCAGCUGACUCAGCUCAUUGUAAUAUAACCGAGACAAUCACAUGUUGAAGAAUCAUAGAAAAUCUUGGCCUCCCAAACACAAAAACUGUACCUCCAUGUCCUGGCUAUGUCUUCAUAUUUGAUCAAGCGUAGGUCGGGUUCUUGUGUUGGAGUAUAAAUAUCUGUUAAGACUUUUCUUCGACCCAAGUGUUCUCUCUUCUUCUUCUUCUCCUGAGGAAAAACCAGUAGGUAGCAAGAUAGUAUAUAAGCAUAAGCAUCACCACUGAAGCAUCAGAAGUUUUUCUCGUUUCAUGAAACCAUGGUGGAACCAAAAUUUGCACUUGAUCAUCCAGUGAUGGGAUUGCUGCACCUGUCAGAAAGUGAGAAGACAAACUCUGUUCUGGUUUCAUAUGACUCGUGGCUGUUGAAGCACCCCUCCGCCUUGGACUCAUUUGAACAAAUGAUGAGCAUUGCAGAAGGGAAAAAGAUAGUGGUGUUCUUGGAUUAUGAUGGAACGCUCUCAAAUAUUGUGGACAACCCUGAAAACGCCAUUAUGACCAAUAAGAUGCGAUCAGCACUACGUGAUGUGGCUCAGUACUUCCCUACUGCAAUUAUAAGUGGAAGGGGCCGCAAAAAGGUGUAUGGCUUUGUGGGCUUGAAUAAUGUUUUCUAUGCCGGAAGUCACGGUUUGGAUAUAGCUGCUCCCAUACAGUCUUCAAACUAUGGGGAUCCCCAGCAUCAAAGCAAAGUUGUUGAUAGAAAGGGUAAUGAAGUAGUUCUCUUCCAACCUGCAAGGAAGUUCUUGCCUGCAAUUCACAAGAUACUUAGUGCAUUGAACGAGAAAACCAGAGGUAUAAGAGGGGUCAUGAUUGAAAACAACAAGUUCUGCGUUUCUGUGCAUUUCAGACAUGUACAUGAUGAGGACUUCUGCACCCUUGAAAAGGCGGUGAAUUCUGUAAUGGCAGAGCAUAGAGAUUUCCGCACAUCAAAGGGCAAAAAGGUCUUUGAGAUACGCCCUGACAUGGAAUGGGAUAAAGGCCAUGCUUUGAAUUAUUUACUAGACACUCUAGGACUUGGUACCUCAACUGAUGUCCUCCCACUGUACAUUGGAGACGAUCGAACGGAUGAAGAUGCGUUCAAGGCUAUAAGGAGGAGGGGAGAAGGGUAUCCUAUUGUUGUUUCGUCGACUCCAAAGGACACCAUGGCCUCGUACUCGCUCAGGAAGCCGUCAGAGGUUAUGAAAUUCUUGCAGCGGCUUGUCAGGUGGAAGAAGAUUCCGUCAGGCCCCAAGGAACAGAAGUUGCUCAGGCAAGGGGAAGGUCGGAAUGGUAGUGCUAAUAUUUCAAGAAAAAGAUCAACAUCAUCUAGAUCUAGUUGCAGUAUAGAGUUGGAUCACAGUAUGGAGGGAAGAACUAUAACCGAGAAAUUGAGUUGUUAAAUCAUUGAGGCCAUGAAGAGUUUUUUUGGGAAAUCAAUCACCCAGUGAAAUUUUUUGUAAGAUGAAUACUGGGUGUUAAGUUUAUUGGAAUAAUAUUUUGAACUUCCUCAGUGAUGCCCCAUGUUUCAUGUCAAUGCUUCUUUUGUUCGAAUGUUUGUUCUUUAUCCCUU